AUGUUUAUGAUAGUAGUGAAACAAAUGAUGUUUGUGACAAAUGAUAACGAAGACAUUAGAGUUUGUGAUAAUGGUUCUUGUGAAGAAGAUAUUGGAGUUUGUAAUAAUGGUUCUUGUAAAGAUAAAAUAGAAGAGUAUGAUUUUUUAGACAUCUUGGAAUGA